UCUGAGGACCGGCCGGAGUGUGGGCUGCUGGGUGAAAACUGUGUCGGUCCUGGGCCUUGGAGGGAGGUAAGACCCAGCAGCCCUGGCCUCACCGUCUGGGCCCUAGGCUUGGACCCUGACUGAAGCUCCCCCCAAGACAGGUCAUCCCCGCCACCACCAUCAUGGCUCACUCCACUUUCACCGGUGCACCACGCUUCCUGACUAGGCCCAAGGCCUUCGUGGUGUCAGUGGGCAAAGACGCCACGCUGAGCUGUCAGAUUGUGGGCAACCCCACGCCGCAGGUGAGCUGGGAGAAGGAUCGGCAGCCGGUGGAGGCAGGGGCACGUUUUCGACUUGCCCAGGACGGCGACCUAUACCGCCUCACCAUCCUGGACCUUGCGCUUGGUGACAGCGGGCAGUAUGUGUGUCGGGCUCGCAACGCUAUUGGUGAAGCCUUUGCGGCCGUGGGCCUGCAGGUGGAUGCAGACGCUGCAUAUGCAGAGCAGGCGCCCCACUUCCUGCUGCGGCCCACAUCCAUCCGCGUGCGCGAGGGCGCCGAGGCCACCUUUCGCUGUCGCGUGCGCGGGUCGCCGCCUCCGGCGGUGAGUUGGUCCAAAGACGGGCGGCGCCUGGGCGCGUCCGACGCCCCCCGCGUGCGCGUGGAGGAGAGCGGUGAGGCAAGUGCACUGCGCAUCCAGGCGGCGCGACCUCGAGACGGCGGCACCUAUGAGGUACGAGCUGAAAACCUGCUGGGCGCCGCGAGUGCUGCCGCUGCACUCGUGGUGGACCCGGACUCUGACGCUGCCAGCCCGCCUGGGGCCUCCACCGCCGGCCUCCUGGCACAUCUGCAGCGGCGUCGCGAGGCCAUGCGCGCCGAGGGCAUUCCGCCCUCGCCACCCGGUGCCGGCACGCGCACGUGCACAGUGACAGAGGGCAAGCACGCACGUCUAAGUUGCUAUGUGACCGGUGAGCCCAAGCCCGAGACCGUAUGGAAGAAGGAUGGGCAGGUGGUGGCUGAAGGCCGGCGUCACAUGAUAUACGAGGACGCGCAGGAGAACUUCGUGCUCAAAAUUCUCUUCUGCAAGCAGUCGGACCGCGGCCUCUACACUUGCACGGCGUCCAACCUCGUAGGGCAGACCUUCAGUUCCGUGCUAGUCGUCGUACGAGAGCCCGCUGUGCCCUUCAAGAAGCGCCUGCAGGACUUGGAGGUGCGGGAGAAGGAGUCGGCCACGUUCCAGUGCGAGGUCCCGCAGCCGUCCACUGAGGCUGCGUGGUACAAGGAAGAGACUCGGCUGUGGGCGAGCGCCAAGUAUGGCAUCGAGGAGGAGGGCACGGAGCGCCGGCUGACCGUACGCAACGUCUCUGCAGACGACGACGCCGUGUACAUAUGCGAGACGGCAGAGGGCAGCCGCACGGUGGCGGAGCUUGCGGUGCAAGGCAACCUCACUCGCAAGCUCCCUCGGAAGACAGCAGUGCGUGUGGGUGACACGGCCAUCUUUUAUGUGGAGCUGGCUGUCCCGCAGGGCCCCGUCCGCUGGCUGCGGAAUCAGGAGGAGAUGGUGGCCGGGGGCCGCGUGGCCAUCACCGCGGAUGGCACUUGCCACACGCUGACCAUCUCCAAGUGCAGUCUGGAGGAUGUGGGCGAGGUCGUCUUCCUGGCUGGCGACUGUAGGACGUCCACCCAGUUCUGUGUGUCUGCCCCCAGGAAGCCGCCCCUGUACCCGCCUGUGGAUCCUGUGGUGAAAACCAGGACCGAGAGUACUGUGACCCUUGGCUGGUCCCCACCACUCCAAGGGGACCGUCCUGUCACCAUCGAUGGCUACUUGGUGGAGAAGAGGCGGCUUGGUGCCUAUGCCUGGAGCAGAUGCCACGAGGCUGAGUGGGUAGCCACGACAGAGCUGACUGUAGGGGGCGUGGCUGAGGAGGGAGACUUCCAGUUCCGGGUGUCAGCUGUCAACAGCUUUGGCCAGAGUCCCUACCUUGAGUUCUCAGGGACUUUGCAUCUGGCUCCUCAGCUGGCUGUGAGGACGCCCCUGAAGGCGGUGGAGGCAGUGGAGGGUGGUGAGGUCACCUUUUCUGUGGACCUCACGGUGGCCUCAGCGGGCGAGUGGUUCCUGGAUGGACAGCUCCUGAAGGCCAGCAGUGUGUAUGUGAUCCGCUGCGACCGCACCCGGCACACGCUCACUAUCCGCGAGGUGCCUGCCAGCCUGCAUGGGGCGCAGCUCAAGUUCGUGGCUGAUGGCAUUGAGAGCAGCAUUCGAAUGGAGGUUCGCGCAUCCCCAGGGCUCACUGCCAACAAGCCGCCAGCCACGGCUGCCCGGGAGGUGCUGGCCCGGCUGCAUGAGGAGGCACAGCUACUGGCUGAGCUCUCUGACCAGGCUGCUGCUGUGACAUGGCUGAAGGAUGGCCGUGCACUGCCUCCAGGUCCCAAGUACCAGGUGCAGGCGUCGGCCGGGCAGCGAGCACUGCUUGUGCGUGAUGUGGUGCGGGACGAUGCUGGGCUCUAUGAGUGUGUCAGCCGUGGGAGCCGCAUCGCCUACCAGCUGUCCGUGCAAGGCCUUACACCCUUUCUGCACAAGGACACGGCAGGUGGCUGUGUGGAUGCCGUGGCUGGGGGCCCAGCUCAAUUUGAGUGUGAAACCUCAGAGGCCCACGUCCGUGUGCGAUGGUACAAGGAUGGUGCUGAGCUGGGUCGCUCCUGCCAGCACUUUUCGCAGGAGGACAUAGGGACCCGGCACCGGCUGGUGGCAGCCUCAGUCACCAGGCAAGAUGAAGGCACCUACUCUUGCCGUGUGGGUGAGGAUUCUGUGGACUUCCGGCUCCGGGUCUCCGAGCCCAUAGCAGUAUUUGCUAAGGAUCAGCCAACACACAGCAAGGUGCAGGUCAUGACAGGAAACAGUGCCACGCUGAGCUGUGAGGUGGCCCAGGCCCACACGAAGGUGACGUGGUACAAGGAUGGGAAGAAGCUGAGCGGGAACUCCAAUGUGUGUGUGGAGGCCACAGGCUGUGGGCGGCGGCUGGUGGUGCGGCAGGCAGGCAAGGCGGAUGCUGGGGAGUACAGCUGUGAGGCCGGGGGUCAGAAGGUCUCCUUCCAUCUGGACAUCACAGAGCCUACAGUGGUGUUUUCCAGGGAGCAGCCAGUAUGCAGCAAAGUGCAGGCUGAGGUGGGGGCCAGCGCCACACUAAGCUGUGAGGUGGCCCAGGCCAAGACAGAGGUGACGUGGUACAAGGAUGGGAAGAAGCUGAGCUCGAGCUCAAAAGUGCACAUGGAGGCCACGGGGUGCAGGCGGCAGCUGGUGGUGCAGCAGGCAAGCAAGGCAGACACUGGAGAGUAUAGCUGCCAGGCCGGGGGCCAGAAAGUCUCCUUCCACUUGGAUGUCACAGAGCCCAAGGCAGUGUUUGCCAAGGAGCAGUCAAUGAGCAGUGAGGUGAAAGCCGAGGUAGGAGCCAGUGCCACAUUGACCUGUGCAGUGGCCCAGGACCAGACAGAGGUGACAUGGUACAAGGAUGGGAAGAAGCUGACUUCAAGCUCAAAAGUGCGUGUGGAGACCACGGGAUGCACGAGGCAGCUGGUGGUGCAGCAGGUGGGCAAGGCGGACGCUGGAGAGUACGUCUGCGAGGCCAGGGGUGAGAGAGUCUCCUUCCGCCUGAACGUCACAGAGCCUGUUGUGGCAUUUUCCAAGGAUCAGCCAGUGAGCAACAAGGCACAGGCUGAAGUGGGGGCCAGUACUACUCUGAGCUGCAAGGUGGCCCAGGCUCAGACGAAAGUGGCAUGGUACAAGGAUGGGAAGAAGCUGACCUCAAGCUCAAAAGUGUGUGUGGAGACUACGGGAUGCACGAGGCAGUUGGUGGUAAAGCAGGUGGGCAAGGCAGAUGCCGGGGAGUAUACCUGCGAGGCUGGGGGCCAGAGAGUCUCCUUCCACCUAGAUGUUACAGAGCCCCCAGUGGUGUUUGCAAAGGAUCAGCCUGCCCACAGGGAGGUAAAGGCUGAAGCAGGGGCCAGUGCCACACUGAGCUGUGAUGUGGCCAAAGCCCAGACGGAGGUGACCUGGUACAAGAAUGGAAAGAAGCUGAGCUCGAGCUCGAAGGUGCGCAUGGAGGCCACAGGGUGCAGGCGGCAGCUGGUAGUACAACAGGCAGGCAAGGCGGAUGCUGGGGAGUACAGCUGUGAGGCCGGGGGCCAGAAAGUCUCCUUCCACCUGGACGUCACAGAGCCCACAAUGGCUUUUGCCAAGGAGCAGCUGGUGUGCAAGGAGGUAAAGGCUGAGGCAGGGGCUAAUGCUACCCUGAGCUGUGAGGUGGCCAAAGCCCAGACGGAGGUGGCAUGGUUCAAGGACGGAAAGAAGCUGAGCUCGAGUUCUAAGGUGCGCAUGGAGGCCACAGGGUGCAGGCGGCAGCUGGUGGUGCAGCAGGCGGGCAAGGAGGAUGCUGGGGAGUACAGCUGUGAGGUGGGGAGCCAGAAAGUCUCCUUCCACCUGGAUGUCACAGAGCCCAAGGCAGUGUUUGCCAAGGAGCAGCCAGCACGUAGUGAGGUAAAGACUGUGGCAGGUGCCAGUGCCACACUGAGCUGUGAGGUGGCCCAAGCCCAGACGGAGGUGACAUGGUACAAGGAUGGGAAGAGGCUGAGCUCAAGUGCAAAAGUGCAUGUGGAGGCCUCAGGCUGCACAAGGCGGUUGGUGGUGCAGCAGGCGGGCAAGAUGGACGCUGGGGAGUACAGCUGUGAGGUGGGGGGCCAGAGGGUCUCCUUCCACCUGGAUGUCACAGAGCCCAAGGUGGUCUUUGCCAAGGAGCAGCCAGCACAUAGCGAGGUAAAGGCUGUGACUGGGGCCAGUGCCACACUGAGCUGUGAGGUGGCCCAAGCCCAGACAGAGGUGACGUGGUACAAGGAUGGAAAGAAGCUGAGUUCGAGCUCCAAAGUGCGUGUGGAGGUCACAGGCCGUGGUCGGCGGCUGGUGGUGCAGCAGGCGGGCAAGGAGGAUGCCGGGGAGUACAGUUGUGAGGCCGGGGGCCAGAAAGUCUCCUUCCACCUGGAUGUCACAGAGCCCAAGGUGGUCUUUGCCAAGGAGCAGCCAGCACAUAGCGAGGUAAAGGCUGUGACUGGGGCCAGUGCCACACUGAGCUGUGAGGUGGCCCAAGCCCAGACAGAGGUGACGUGGUACAAGGAUGGAAAGAAGCUGAGUUCGAGCUCCAAAGUGCGUGUGGAGGCCACAGGCCGUGGUCGGCGGCUGGUGGUGCAGCAGGCGGGCAAGGAGGAUGCCGGGGAGUACAGUUGUGAGGCCGGGGGCCAGAAAGUCUCCUUCCACCUGGAUGUCACAGAGCCCAAGGUGGUCUUUGCCAAGGAGCAGCCAGCACAUAGCGAGGUAAAGGCUGUGACUGGGGCCAGUGCCACACUGAGCUGUGAGGUGGCCCAAGCCCAGACAGAGGUGACGUGGUACAAGGAUGGAAAGAAGCUGAGUUCGGUGGAGGCCACAGGCCAUGGUCGGCGGCUGGUGGUGCAGCAGGCGGGCAAGGAGGAUGCCGGGGAGUAUAGUUGUGAGGCCGGGGGCCAGAAAGUCUCCUUCCACCUGGAUGUCACAGAGCCUGCUGUGGUGUUUGCCAAGGAGCAGCCAGCACACAGUGAGGUUAAGGCUGAAGCAGGGGUCAGUGCCAUACUGAGUUGUGAAGUGGCCCAAGCCCAGACGGAGGUGACCUGGUACAAGAAUGGGAAGAAGCUGAGCUCAAGCUCAAAAGUGCACGUGGAAGCAACAGGGUGCAGACGGCAGCUGGUGGUGCAACAGGCAGGCAAGGCAGAUGCCGGGGAGUACAGCUGUGAGGCUGGGGGCCAGAAGGUCUCCUUCCAUCUGGAUGUCGCAGAGCCUUCGGUGGUGGUGUUUGCCAAGGACCAGCUGGCACACUGUGAGGUGCAGACUGAAGUGGGGGCCAGUGCCACAUUGAGCUGUGAGGUGGCCCAGGCCCAGACAGAGGUGAUCUGGUACAAGGAUGGGAAGAAGCUGAGCUCAAGCUCAAAAGUACAUUUGGAGGCCUCAGGGUGCUUAAGGCGGCUGGUGGUGCAGAAGGCAAGCAAGGGGGAUGCUGGGAAAUACAGCUGUGAUGCCAGGGGCCAGAAGGUCUCCUUUAAUCUGAAUGUCACAGAGCCAUCGGUGGUAUUUGCCAAGGAGCAGCUGAUGCACUGUAAGGUGCAAGCCGAGGUGGGGGCCAGUGCCAUGCUGAGCUGUGAGGUGGCCCAGGCUCAGAAGGAGGUGACCUGGUACAAGGAUGGGAAGAAGCUGAGCACAAGCUCGAAAGUGCGUGUGGAGGCCACAGGAUGCACCAGGCAGUUGGUGGUGCAUCAGGCAGACAAGGGGGAUGCCGGGGAAUACAGCUGUGAGGCCGGGGGCCAGAAAGUCUCUUUCCACCUGAAUGUCACAGAGCCCAUAGUGGUGUUUGCCAAGGAGCAGCCAGCUCUCAGAGAAGUGCAGGCUGAAAUGGGAGCCAGUACCACACUGAACUGUGAGGUGGCCCAGGCCCAGACAGAGGUGACUUGGUACAAGGACGGGAAGAAGCUGAGUGGGAGCUCCAAAGUGCGUGUAGAGGCCACAGGCUGCACAAGACGACUGGUGGUGCAGCAGGUCAGCAAGGGGGAUGCUGGGGAGUACAGCUGUGAGGCAGGGGGCCAGAGGAUCUCCUUCUGCCUGAAUCUCACAGAGCCAGAGCCUGAGCCUCAAGUCUUGGAGAGACCUGGUCGCAAGGAACCUCUGGUGGUCAGGGAACAUGAGGACAUUGUCUUGACUGCCACUCUGGCUACACCCUCUGUGGCUGCGGUGACAUGGCUCAAGGAUGGGGUGGAGAUACGCCGCAGCAAGCGGCAUGAGACAGCCAGCCUGGGGGACACCCACACCCUGACUGUGCGCGGUGCCCAGAUCCUGGACAGUGCCAUCUACAGCUGCCGUGUGGGCACCGAGGGGCAGGACUUUCCAGUGCAGGUGGAAGAGGUGGUCACCAAGUUCUGCCGGCCUCUGGAGCCUGUGAGUGGAGAUCUGGGUGGCGCAGUGACACUGACCUGCGAGCUGAGCCCAGCACAGGCGGAGGUGGUGUGGCGUUGUGGAAGCACGCAGCUCCGGCCGGGCAAGCGCUUCCAGAUGGCAGCUGUAGGGCCGCUGCGCUCACUCACCAUCUCAGGCCUGCGUGAGGAGGAUGCGGGAGAGUAUGUGUGCGAGAGCCGCAAUGACCGCACCAGUGCACAACUCACUGUCAGUGUGCCCCGCGUAGUCAAGUUCAGAUCUGAGUUGAGUGCGGUGGUUGCAGAGGAGGGCUGUGAGGCCACCUUCCAGUGCGUGGUGUCCCCCAGCGAUGCAGUGGUCACAUGGUAUCGAAAUGGUGCCCAGCUUCAGCCCAGCGAGAAGUUUCUCAUAUCACAGAGCGGUGCCAGCCACAGCCUGACUAUCUCGAGCCUGGUGCUGGAGGAUGCCGGCCAGAUCACAGCAGAGGCUGAGGGUGCCUCUUCUGCAGCUGCCCUUCGGGUCCGAGAGGCACCAGUGCUGUUCAAAAGGAAGCUUGAGCCGCAGACAGUGGAGGAGAGGAGUUCAGUGACGCUGGAGGUAGAGCUCACACGCCCCUGGCCGGAGGUGAAGUGGACACGGAAUGCGGCCAUCCUGGCAUCAGGCGAGAACGUGGAAAUCCAUGCUGAGGGCGCUUGUCACCGGCUCGUUCUACACAACGUGGGUUUCACCGAUCGGGGCUUCUUUGGCUGUGAGACGCCAGAUGACAAGACGCAAGCCAAGUUGACAGUGGAAAUGCGCCAAGUCCGGCUGGUGCGGGGCCUGCAGGAUGUGGAGGCACGGGAACAGGGCGCAGCCACCAUGAAGGUGGAGCUGUCACAUGCUGACGUGGAAGGCAGCUGGACGCGGGAUGGCCUACGGCUCCAGCCAGGGCCCACAUGCCAAAUGGCUGUGCAUGGCCCCACCCACACCCUCACACUCUCGGAGCUGCAAAUUCAGGACAGUGGCCUUGUGGCCUUCAGGGCAGAGGGUGUGCACACAUCAGCACGGCUUGUCAUCACUGAGUUGCCUGUUCGAUUCGUCCGUCCACUGCAGGAUGUGGUGGCCACUGAAAAGGAGAAGGUCACCCUGGAGUGUGAGCUGUCCCGUCCCAAUGUUGACGUGCGGUGGCUGAAGGAUGGGGUGGAGCGGAGGGUUAGCAAGACAGUGGGCAUUUCGGCCCAGGGCACUUGCAGGAGUCUCAUCAUCUACCGGUGUGAGUUUGGGGACCAGGGCAUCUAUGUGUGUGACGCCCAGGAUGCACAGAGCUCUGCCUCCUUGAAAGUGCAAGGCCGCAACGUCCAGAUUGUGAGGCCCCUGGAGAACAUCGAAGUGACUGAGAAGGAGAGUGCCACAUUCAUCUGUGAGAUCUCCCACGAUGAGGUGCCUGCUCAGUGGUUCCGGGAGGGCACUAAGCUGCGACCCAGUGACAACGUGCGCAUUCGCCAGGAAGGAAGGAGGUACACUCUCAUCUAUCGGAGGGUCCUGGCUGAAGAUGCAGGAGAGAUCAAGUUUGUAGCUGAAAACGCAGAAUCACGAGCCCAGCUCCGAGUGAAAGAGUUGCCAGUGACUCUUCUGCGUCCCCUGCGGGACAAGAUCGCCAUGGAGAAGCACCGUGGAGUGCUGGAGUGCCAGGUGUCCCGGGCCAGUGCUCAGGUGCAGUGGUUCAAGGGCAGCAUGGAGCUGCAGCCUGGGUCCAAGUAUGAGAUGGUCAGCGACGGCCUUUACCGCAAGCUGGUCAUCAAUGACGUGCAGCCAGAGGAUGAGGACACCUACACCUGUGAUGCUGGUGACGUCAAGACCAGCGCUCAGUUCUUUGUGGAAGAGCAAUCCAUCACCAUCGUGCGGGGCCUGCAGGAUGUGACAGUGAUGGAGCCCGCCCCUGCAUGGUUCGAGUGUGAGACCUCCAUCCCCUCAGUGCGGCCACCCAAGUGGCUCCUUGGGAAGACUGUGCUGCAGGCAGGGAAGGAUGUGGGUCUGGAGCAGGAGGGCACUGUGCACCGGCUGACGCUGCGACGUACCUGUUCCACUAUGACGGGGCCAGUGCACUUCACCAUUGGCAAGUCCCGCUCCACCGCCCACCUCGUCGUCUCAGACAUUCCCAUGGUGCUCACACGGCCACUGGAGCCCAAGGUAGGGCGCGAGCUGCAGUCAGUGGUUCUGUCCUGCGACUUCAAGCCACCCCCCAAGGCUGUGCAGUGGUACAAGGAAGACACGCCCCUGUCUCCAUCCGAAAAGUUCAAGAUGAGGCUGGAGGGCCACAUGGCAGAGCUACGUGUCCUCCGGCUCACACCUGCUGAUGCUGGAGUCUAUCGGUGCCAGGCAGGCAGUGCCCAGAGUAGUGCUGAGGUCACUGUGGAAGUGCGAACGGUGACAGUGACACAGCCACUGCAGGAUGCUGAGGCCACAGAGGAGAGCCGGGUUUGCUUCUCGUGUGAGCUGUCCCACGAGGAUGAAGAAAUUGAAUGGUCGCUUAAUGGGACAAUCCUGUACAACGACAGCUUUCAUGAAAUCACACACGAGGGCCGCCGCCACACGCUGGUGCUGAAGAGUGUCCAGCAGGCAGACUCGGGCACCGUACAUGCCUCUUCCCCUAAGGUGUCCGUCUCUGCCCGCCUGGUGGUCAGAGCAAAGCCGGUAGUGUUCCUGAAAGCACUGGACGAUGUGUCUGUGGAAGAGCAUGGCACACUGGCUCUGCAGUGCGAGGUCUCAGACCCAGCGGCCCGUGUGCUGUGGCGCAAGGAUGGUGUGGAACUGGGCCCCAGCGACAAGUACGAUUUCCUCUACACGGCGGGGACACGGGGUCUCGUAGUACAUGACCUGAGCCAUGAGGAUGCUGGCCUGUAUACCUGCCACGUGGGCAGCGAGGAGACCCGGGCCCGGGUCAGCGUGCAUGACUUACACGUGGGUAUCACCAAGAGGCUGAAGACGAUGGAGGUGCUGCAGGGUGAGAGCUGCAGCUUUGAGUGCGUCCUGUCCCAUGAAAGCACCAGCGACCCUGCAGUGUGGACAGUCGGUGGGAAGACAGUGGGCAGCUCGGGCCACUUCCGGGCUACGCGCCAGGGCCGUAAAUAUACCCUGACAGUCCAAGACGCCACUCUGAGUGAUGCUGGGGAGGUGGUCUUCUCUGUGCGGGGCCUUACCUCCAAGGCCUCACUUAUUGUCAAAGAGAGGCCAGUGAACAUCACAAAGCCCCUGGAAGACCAGCAGGCCGUGCUGGGGGAGGACGUGAGGUUGAGCUGUGAGCUGUCAUGUGUGGGCACAGCAGUACGCUGGCUGAAGGACGGGAAGGCCAUCCGUAAGAGUCAGAAGUAUGAUGUGCUCAGUGAAGGCACUCGGGCUGUGCUGGUCAUCCGUGGGGCCACUCUCAAGGAUUCAGGAGAGUACACAUGCGAGACGGAAGCUUCCAAGAGCACAGCUAGCCUCCGUGUGCAAGAAAAGGCAAACCGGUUUACAGAGGAGCUGACUGACCUGCAGGUAGAGGAGAAGGGCACAGCAGUGUUCACCUGCAAGACGGAGCACCCCGUGACCAAGGUGACCUGGCGCAAGGGCCUCAUGGAGCUUCAGGCUUCAGGGAAGCACGUGCCCAGCCAGGAGGGCCUGAUCCUGAGACUCACCAUCAGUGCCCUGGAGAGGGCAGAUAGUGACACCUAUACCUGCGACAUUGGACAGGCCCAGUCCCAGGCCAGGCUUCUGGUGAAAGGCCAGAGAGUGCUCAUCACUGAGGACCUUGAGGAUGCAAAUGUGCGGGAGGGCUCCUCAGCCACCUUCUGCUGCCGUGUCUCCCCCGCUGACUACGGGCCUGUGCACUGGUUCUUGGAUAAGACACCGCUGCAUGCAAACGAGCUCAACGAGAUCCAGGCCCAGCCUGGGGGAUACCAUGUACUGACUCUACGGCAACUGGCACUCAAGGACUCGGGCACCAUCUACUUUGAGGCGGGUGAUCAGCGGGCCUCGGCCACCCUGCGGGUCACUGAGAAGCCAAGUAUCUUCUCUCAGGAGCUCACAGAUGCCACAGUCACUGAGGGUGAGGACCUGACCCUUACCUGUGAGACCACAGCUCCAGAAAGCCCUGUGCGCUGGACCAAAGAUGGGAAGGUUCUUCGGCCAUCUGCCCGGUGCCAGCUGAACUAUGAGGGUUGCCGGGCCCAGUUAGUCAUCAUUGGCACCUCCCUGCAGGAUGGUGGGCGUUACAAGUGUGAGGCUGGGGGCGCCUGCACCAGCUCCAUCGUCAGGGUCCACGGUCGGCCGGUGAGGUUCCGGGAGGCCCUAAAGGACUUGGAGGUGCUGGAGGGUGGUGCUGUGACACUGCGCUGUGUGCUGUCGUCUGUGGCCGCACCUGUGGAGUGGCGUCGUGGAGAUGAGAUCCUGAGGACCAGCAGCAAAUACAGUCUGCAUCAGGAGGGCACGGUACUGGAGCUGGCGAUUCGAGACCUGAGGCCUCUGGACAGUGGGCAGUACUCAUGCUCCUUUGGGGAUCAGAUCACCUCGGCCACACUCACUGUGAAGGCCCUGCCUGCCCAGUUCAUAAGAAAACUGAGAAACAAGGAGGCCACAGAAGGGACCACAACCACACUGAUAUGUGAGCUGAGCAAGGAGGCCCCUGUGGAGUGGAGGAAGGGGACUGAGACCCUUAGAGAUGGGGACAGAUACAGCCUAAAGCAGGACGGGGCCGUGUGUGAGCUGCAUAUCCAAGGCCUGGCCAUGGCGGAUGCUGGAGAGUUCUCGUGUGUGUGUGGGCAGGAAAGGACGUCGGCUACGCUGACUGUCAGAGCACUGCCUGCACAGUUCAUAGGAAGACUAAGAAACCAAGAGUCCAUGGAAGGGACCACGGUCACACUGCACUGUGAACUGAGCAAGGUGGCCCCUGUGGAGUGGAGGAAGGGGUCUGAGAUCCUCAGAGAUGGAGGCAGAUAUAGCCUGAGGCAGAAUGGUGCCAUCUGUGAGCUGCAGAUCCACAGCCUGGCUGAGGCAGAUGCUGGGGAGUACUCCUGUAUGUGUGGGCAGGAGAGGACCUCAGCCAUGCUGACCAUCAAGGCCCUGCCCGCCAAGUUCACAGAGGGUCUGAGAAAUGAAGAGGCCAUGGAAGGGGCCACAGCAAUGCUGCACUGUGAGCUGAGCAAGGCGGCCCUUGUGGAGUGGAAGAAGGGAAUGAAGACCCUCAAAGAUGGGGACAGAUACAGCCUGAGGCAGGAUGGGGCCGUGUGUGAGCUGCAGAUCCGUGGUCUGGCUGUGGCGGAUGCUGGGGAAUACUCAUGUGUGUGUGGGCAGGAGAGGACCUCGGCCACACUGACCAUCCAGGCCCUGCCUGCCCAAUUCAUAGAAAAACUGAGAAGUAAAGAGGCCACAGAAGGGACCACAGCCACACUGCAUUGUAAACUGAGCAAGGCGGCUUCUGUGGAGUGGAAGAAGGGGCUGGAGACCCUCAGAGAUGGGAGCACUUACGGUCUGAGACAGGAUGGGGCCAUAUGCGAGCUACAGAUCCAUAGUGUGGUUCCGAAGGAUGCUGGAGAGUAUUCCUGUGUGUGCGGGCAGGAGAAGACCUCAGCCACACUGACCGUCAGGGCCCUGCCCGCCAAGUUCCAAGAGCAUCUGAGGAGUGAAGAGGCCAUGGAAGGGGCGAUGGCCACCCUGCACUGUGAGCUGAGCAGGGCGGCCGCUGUGGAGUGGAGGAAAGGUUCUGAGACCAUCAGGCAUGGGGGCAGAUACAGCCUGAGGCAGGACGGGGUCACCUGUGAGCUGCAGAUCCGUGACCUGGCUGAGGCAGAUGCUGGAGAGUACACCUGUGUGUGCGGGCAGGAGAGGACCUCGGCCACACUGACCAUCAGGGCCUUGCCUGCCAAGUUUAAAAAGGCUCUGAGAAAUGAAGAGGCCACAGAAGGGGCCACAGUCAGGCUGCACUGUGAGCUGAGCAAGGUGGCCCCCGUGGAGUGGAGGAAGGGGCCCGAGAUGCUCAGAGAUGGAGGCAGAUACAGCCUGAGGCAAGACGGGACUGUGUGUGAGCUUCAGAUUUGUGGCCUGGCUGUGGCAGAUGCUGGAGAGUACUCCUGCAUGAGUGGGCAGGAGAGGACAUCAGCCAUGCUGAAUGUGAAGGCCCUGCCUGCCAGAUUCAUAGAAGAUGUGAGAAGCCAAGAGGCCAAGGAAGGGACCACAGCCACACUACGAUGUGUGCUGAGCAAGGCAGCCUCUGUGGAAUGGAGAAAGGGGCCUGAGAUUCUCAGAGAUGGAGGCAGAUACAGCUUGAGGCAAGAUGGGACCGUAUGUGAGCUGCAGAUUCAUGAUCUGACCGAAGAGGAUGCUGGAGAGUACACCUGUGUGUGCGGGCAGGAGAAGACCUCAACCACACUGACCAUCAGGGCCCUGCCCACCAAGUUCAAAGAGCAUCUGAGGAGUGAAGAGGCCAUGGAAGGGGCGAUGGCCACCCUGCACUGUGAGCUGAGCAAGGCAGCCCCUGUGGAGUGGAGGAAAGGUUCUGAGACCAUCAGGCAUGGGGGCAGAUACAGCCUGAGGCAGGACGGGAUCACCUGUGAGCUGCAGAUCCGUGACCUGGCUGAGGCAGAUGCUGGAGAGUACACCUGUGUGUGUGGGCAGGAGAAGACCUCAGCCACACUGACCAUCAGGGCCCUACCUGCCAAGUUUAAAGAGGGUCUAAGGAAUGAAAAGACCGUGGAAGGGACCAUGGUCACACUGCACUGUGAGCUGAGCAAGGCGGCCCCUGUGGAAUGGAGGAAGGGGUCCGAGAUCCUCAGAGAUGGGGGCAGAUACAGCCUGAGGCAGGACGGGGUCACCUGUGAGCUGCAGAUCAGUGACCUGACUGUGGAGGAUGCUGGGGAGUACGUGUGUGUAUGUGGGAAGGAGAAGACCUCAGCCACACUGAUUGUCGGGGCCCCGCAAGUGGUGUUUCGGGAGCCUCUACAGAGCCUGCAGGCUGAGGAGGGCUCCAUGGUCAGCUUGCGGUGCCAGCUGUCUGCAGCCGAUGCCACUGUUAUAUGGAGCAAGGGUGGCCUGGAACUGCUAACCGAUGAGCGCCGGGAGCUGAGGCAGCGGGGCCGCACUGCAGAACUUGUGCUUCGGAACCUCCGGCGGGAAGAUGCUGGCGAGUACACCUGUGCCUGCGGCUCCCAGGCCACUAGUGCCACGCUCACCGUCACAGCUGCGCCUGUGCGGUUCCUCCAGGAGCUGCAGGCCCAGGAGGUGGAUGAGGGAGCCACAGCACACCUGCGCUGCGAGCUGAGCCAGGCGGGUGUGGGUGUAGAGUGGCGCAAGGGCUCCCUCCAGCUCUUCCCUUGUGCCAAGUACCAGAUGGUGCAGGAGGGCACAGCUGCUGAGCUGCUGGUGUGUGGCGCCGAGCAGGAGGAUGCAGGCGACUACACCUGUGACACAGGCCAUGCGCAGAGCACAGCCAGCCUCUCCAUCCGUGCCCCCAGGCCCAAGUUCAAGACCAGGCUGCAGAGUGUGGAGCAGGAGGUGGGCACUGUGGCCCGGCUCUGCUGUCAACUGACCGAGGCUGAGUCCAAGGUCCCCGUGCAGUGGCUCAAGGAGGGUGUGGAGCUGCCAAUGGGCCCCAAGUAUGAGAUGCGGCAUCAGGGGGCCACCUGUGAGCUGCUUAUCCACGGGCUGGAGGCCAAGGACACUGGCGAGUACGCCUGCAUGGUGGGUGGUCAGAAAACCCUGGCCUCCCUCAGGGUCAAAGAGCCUGAGGUGACCAUUGUACGAGGACUGGUCGAUUCUGAGGUCCAGGCAGAAGAGGAUGUGAAAUUCAGCUGCGAGGUGUCACAAGCUGGAGCCAAGGAUGUGCAGUGGCGCCUCCAGGGCUUGCCGUUGCAGAGCAAUGAGGUGACAGAGGUGGCUGUGCAGGAUGGCUGCAUCCACACGCUCUUGCUGAAGGGUGUGACACCUGAGGACGCCGGCACUGUCUCCUUCCAUGUGGGCAGCCACUCGUCUUCUGCCCAGCUCACUGUCCGAGCCCCUGAAGUGACCAUCCUGGAGCCUCUUCAAGACAUACAGCUCAGCGAGGGCCAGGAUGCCCACUUCCGGUGCCGGCUGUCCAGGGCUUCGGGCCAGGAGGUUCGCUGGGCUUUGGGAGGGGUGCCCUUGCAGGCCAACGAAAUGAAUGACAUCGUCGUGGAAGAGGGCACGCUCCACUUGCUCACUCUGCACAAGGUGACUCUCGAGGAUGCUGGAACCAUCAGUUUCCAAGUGGGCUCAUGUACUUCAGAGGCCCAGCUGAAGGUCACAGCCAAGAACACGGUGGUGCGGAGCCUGGAGAAUGUGGAGGCUCCUGAGGGUGGCGAGGCACUUUUCGAGUGCCAGCUGUCCAGGCCCGAGGUGGCUGCCCAUACCUGGCUGCUGGACGACGAGCCUGUGCGCACCUCAGAGAACGCUGAGGUGGUCUACUUUGAGAACGGCCUGCGGCAUUUGCUACUGCUCAAAAACCUGCGGCCACAGGACAGCUGCCGGGUGACUUUCCUGGCCGGGGAUGUGGUGACUUCUGCAUUCCUCACCGUCAGAGGCUGGCGCCUAGAGGUCCUAGAACCCCUUCAGGAUGUGGCUGUACGAGCUGGUGCACAGGCCCACUUCAGCUGCACACUCAGUGAGGCGGUGCCCGUGGGCGAGGCGUCUUGGUACAUCAAUGGAGCUAUAGUCCAUCCUGAUGAUUCCGGCUGGACGGUCACUGCUGAUGGCAGCCACCACACCUUGCUGCUGCGCAAUGCCCAGCUGCACCAUGCUGGAGAGGUUACUUUUGCUGCCCGUGAUGCUGUGACCUCAGCAAGGCUCACUGUGCUGGGCCUCCCUGACCCCCCAGAGGAUGCUGAGGUGGUGGGUCGCAGUGGCCACUCUGUGACGCUGUCCUGGGUGGCUCCCACCAGUGAUGGUGGUGGUGGUCUUUGUGGCUAUCGGGUGGAGAUGAAAGAGGGGACCACGGGCCAGUGGCGUCUGUGUCACGAGCUGGUGCCUGGGCCUGAGUGUGUGGUGGAUGGACUGGCUCCUGGGGAGACCUAUCGCUUCCGUGUGGCAGCCGGGGCCGUGGGUCCUGUUGGUGCUGGGGAGCCUGUGCACCUGCCCCAGACAGUCAGGCUUGAGCCUCAGGAGCCUGUGCCUCCCCCACCCCCUGCCUCUGAGAGCCGGCAGGCAGCCACUGGUGAGGAUGUCUGUCUGGAGUUUGAGGUGGCAGCUGAUGCUGGUGAGGUCGUCUGGCACAAGGGGACAGAACGCAUCCAGCCCAGUGGACACUUUGAGGUCCUUUCCCAGGGUCGGCGGCAGAUGCUAGUGAUCAGAGGCUUCACAGCGGAAGACCAGGGUGAAUACCGCUGCAGCCCACGCCAGGACCUGGCAUCCACUGCGGCUGCCACUUUCCAGGUGGCACUGACCCCAGGCUCUGGAGAUGAAGCCCCCACUCAGCCCAGCUUGCCGCCAGAGGCAGCCCAAGAGGGUGACCUGCACCUGCUGUGGGAGGCCCUGGCCCGGAAGCGCCGCAUGAGCCGUGAGCCCACACUGGACUCUAUCAGUGAGCUUCCUGAAGAGGAUGGCCGUGUGCAGCGCCUGCGCCAGGAGGCAGAGGAGGUGGCUCCUGACCUCUCUGAGGGCUACUCCACAGCUGAUGAGCUGGCACGCACUGGAGAGGCUGACCUUUCACACACCAGCUCUGAUGAUGAGUCCCGGGCGGGUACACCGUCCCUGGUUACCUAUCUCAAGAAGGCUGGGAAACCUGGUAUCUCGCCGCUGGUCAGCAAGGUUGGGGCCCCAACAGCCCCCUCUGCAAGACUACAGAAACAACAGGAGCAGCCUGUUGCAGUGUGCCCACCACCAGGGGACCUGAGUGCUGAGGACCUGGGUGAUCCUUCCAUGGACAAGGCAGCUGUGAAGAUCCAAGCUGCCUUUAAGGGCUACAAGGUUCGCAAGGAGAUGAAGCAGCAGGAAGGGCUCGUGUUCUCCCGCACGUUUGGGGACACUGAGGCACAGGUGGGUGAUGCACUGCGGCUGGAGUGUGUAGUGGCAAGCAAGACAGAUGUGCAGGCCCGCUGGCUGAAGGAUGGUGUCGAGCUGACCGAUGGGCGGCACCACCACAUUGACCAGCUUAGAGACGGAACCUGUUCUCUACUGGUCACUGGCCUGGGCCACGCUGAUGCUGGGCGCUAUACCUGUCAGGUGAGCAACAAGUUUGGUCACGUGGCCCACAGUGCCUGUGUGGUGGUCAGUGGGACAGAGAGCGAGGCUGAGAGCUCCUCAGGAGGUGAACUGGAUGAUGCCUUCCGCCGGGCUGCCCGGCGGCUGCACCGGCUCUUCCGCACCAAGGGUUCAGCUGAAGUUUCAGAUGAGGAGAUCUUCCUCAGUGCUGACGAGGGCACCAUGGAGUUGGAGGAGCCUGCAGACUGGCAGACAUACCGUGAAGAUGAGCAUUUUGUCUGCAUCCGUUUUGAGACACUUGCUGAGGCCCGCCGUGCAGUCACCUGCUUCCGGGACAUGUUUGCUACAUUGGGCAUCGGAGUGGAGAUUAACCUCGUGGAGCAGGGUCCCCGGGGGGUAGAGAUGCGCAUUGGCAAGGUGGCCCCUGUUCCUGUGGUGCCUCGGGAGCCAGUGCCCAGCCUGCUGACUUCUGAUGCCGCCCCAGUGUUCCUGACAGAGUUGCAGAACCAAGAAGUGCAGGAUGGAUAUCCUGUGAGCUUUGACUGUGUGGUGACAGGCCAGCCUGUGCCCAAUGUGCGCUGGUUCAAGGAUGGGAAAUUGUUGGAGGAGGAUGACCACUACAUGAUCAAUGAGGACCAGCAGGGUGGCCACCAGCUUAUCAUCACAGCGGUGGUACCAGCAGACAUGGGUGUCUACCGCUGUCUGGCUGAGAACAGCAUGGGUGUCUCUUCCACCAAAGCUGAGCUCCGUGUGGACCUGACAAGCACAGACUAUGACACUGCAGCUGAUGCCACGGAGACCUCAUCAUACUUCAGUGCCCAAGGCUACCUGUCCAGCCGGGAACAAGAGGGAACAGAGUCCACUACAGAUGAGGGGCAGCUGCCUCAGGUGGUAGAGGAGCUAAAAGACCUCCAGGUGGCCCCUGGCACACGCCUUGCCAAGUUUCAGCUCAAAGUAAAAGGCUACCCAGCACCUAGACUGUACUGGUUCAAAGACGGACAGCCAUUGACUGCAUCUGCCCACAUCCGAAUGACUGACAAGAAGACCCUGCACACCCUGGAGAUCAUCUCAGUCACCCAGGAGGAUGCUGGCCAGUAUGCAGCCUACAUCAGCAAUGCUGUGGGUGCCGCCUACUCAUCUGCCCGGCUGCUAGUCCGAGGCCCUGAUCAACCAGAAGAGAAGCCAGCAUUAGAUGUGCAUGAGCAGCUUAUACCACCCCGAAUCCUGGAGAAGUUUACCCCCAAGAAAGUGAAGAAGGGCUCCAGCAUCACGUUUUCUGUGAAGGUAGAAGGAUGCCCAGCUCCCACCGUGCAUUGGCUCAAAGAGGAGGCUGAGAAGGGUGUGCUGUGGAUUGGCCCCAACACACCAGGCUACACUGUGGCCAGCUCUGCCCAGCAGCAUAGCUUGGUCCUGCUGGAUGUGGGCCGGCAACAUCAGGGCACUUACACAUGCAUCGCCACCAAUGCAGCUGGCCAGGCCCUGUGCUCUGCUGGCCUGCACAUCUCGGGCCUGCCCAAAGAGGCGGAGCAAGAGAAAGUGAAGGAGGCACUCAUCUCCACCUUCCUCCAGGGAACGACCCAAGCCAUCUCCACACAGAUGUCGGAAUCUGCAGGUUUCACUGACCUUGCUGGGCAGAGGACAGGGGAGCCCCUGGUGGCCAAGGAGGCCCACGGACACCUAUCCCUAGCUGAGGUGGGCACAGAGGAGUUCCUGCAGAAACUCACUUCUCAGAUCACUGAGAUGGUAUCAGCCAAGAUUACACAGGCCAAGCUGCAGGUGCCUGGAGGAGACAGUGAUGAGGAGUCCAAGACGCCGUCUGCUUCUCCUCGGCAUGGCCGCUCACGGCCUUCCUCCAGCGUCCAGGAGUCUUCCUCAGAGUCAGAGGAUGGUGACUCCCGUGGUGAGAUCUUUGAUAUCUACGUGGUCACAGCCGACUACCUGCCCCUGGGUGCUGAGCAGGAUGCCAUCACACUGCGAGAAGGCCAGUAUGUAGAGGUCCUUGACUCGGCCCACCCGCUGCGCUGGCUUGUGCGCACCAAGCCCACCAAAUCCAGCCCUUCAAGGCAGGGCUGGGUGUCACCUGCCUACCUGGACAAAAGGCUCAAGCUUUCACCUGAAUGGGGGGCAGCCGAGGCUCCUGAGUUCCCUGGGGAGGCCAUGUCUGAAGAUGAGUAUAAGACGAAGCUAAGCUCUGUCAUCCAGGAGCUGCUGAGCUCAGAGCAGGCCUUUGUGAAUGAGCUGCAGUUCCUGCAGAGCCACCACAUGCGACAUUUGGACCGCUGCCCCCAUGUGCCCGCCGCUGUGGCCAGCCAGAAGGCAGUCAUCUUCCGCAAUGUGCAGGACAUCAGCCACUUCCACAGCAGCUUCUUGCAGGAGCUGCAGCACUGUGACACAGAUGAUGAUGUGGCCAUGUGCUUCAUCAAGAACCAGGCAGCCUUUGAGAAGUACCUGGAGUUCCUGGUGGGCCGAGUGCAGGCCGAGUCAGUGGUUGUCAGCACGGCUGUCCAGGAGUUCUACAAGAAGUACACAGAGGAGGCGCUCUCAGCUGGAGAUCCCUCUCAGCCGCCCCCACCACCGCUGCAGCACUACCUGGAGCAGCCAGUGGAGCGGGUGCAGCAAUACCAGGCCCUGCUGAAGGAACUGAUCCGUAACAAAGCUCGAAACAGGAAGAACUGUGCACUGCUGGAACAAGCCUAUGCGGUGGUGUCAGCCCUGCCCCAGCGCGCUGAGAACAAGCUACACGUGUCUCUUAUGGAGAACUACCCCGGCACCCUGGAGGCCCUGGGCGAGCCCAUCCGCCAGGGCCACUUCAUCGUGUGGGAGGGAGCACCAGGGGCCCGGAUGCCUUGGAAGGGCCACAACCGCCAUGUCUUCCUCUUCCGUAACCACCUGGUGAUCUGCAAGCCCCGGCGAGACUCUCGCACCGAUACCUUCAGCUAUGUGUUCCGGAACAUGAUGAAGUUGAGCAGCAUCGACCUGAAUGACCAGGUGGAGGGGGAUGAUCGUGCCUUCGAGGUGUGGCAUGAGCGAGAGGACUCAGUGCGCAAGUACCUGCUGCAGGCGCGGACGGUCAUCAUCAAGAACUCGUGGGUGAAGGAGAUCUGUGGCAUCCAGCAGCGCCUGGCCCUGCCUGUGUGGCGUCCCCCAGACUUCGAAGAGGAGUUAGCUGACUGCACAGCUGAAUUGGGCGAGACAGUCAAGUUGGCCUGCCGUGUGACAGGCACACCCAAGCCCAUUGUCAGCUGGUACAAAGAUGGGAAACCAGUGGAGGUGGACCCUCAUCACAUCCUCAUUGAAGACCCUGAUGGCUCCUGUGCUCUCAUCUUGGACAACUUGACUGGUGUGGACUCUGGCCAGUACAUGUGCUUUGCAGCCAGUGCUGCUGGAAAUGCCAGCACCCUUGGCAAAAUCUUGGUGCAAGUUCCCCCACGAUUUGUGAACAAGGUCCGGGCUGCACCCUUUGUGGAGGGAGAGGAUGCCCAGUUCACCUGCACCAUUGAAGGCGCUCCAUAUCCUCAGAUCAGGUGGUACAAGGAUGGAGCCCUGCUGACCCCUGGCAGCAAGUACCGGAUGCUAAGUGAGCCCCACAGUGGCAUUCUGGUGCUGGUGAUCCGGGCAGCCACAAAGGAAGACCUGGGACACUAUGAGUGUGAGUUGGUGAACCGACUGGGCACGACGCGAGGCAGUGGGGAGUUGUACAUGCAGAGCCCUACGCAGCGGGCCCGGGACCAGCUCCACAAGGAACAGCUUGUGGCUGCUGUGGAAGACUCCAUCCUGGACCGAGGUGAGCAGGAGGUCACAUCUGUCCUGCCGAGGCUGCUGGGCCCCGAGGCUGUGGACCCCUCUAAAGGGGACCUCACUGGCACUGGCUCCAGAGGGUCUCUUGAACUCCAGGAAGCUGGUCCCCAGCCUCCAGGUGUGGGAGCUUCGGAUAUACCUGCCGAAUCCCCAAAGGUGCUGCAGUCUAUCUCUCAUGAAGGCCUGAAGCAGGAGCCUGAGGCCAGUGCUGGGCCACAGGCACGGACCAUACCCAUUCGGGUGGAGGGCGCAGCCUGGCCAGGCGCAGGUGCAGGUGCAGGGGAGCUGCUCUGGGACGUCCACAGCCACGUGGUCACAGAGACCACGCAAAGGACCUACGUGUACCAGGCCAUCGAUGCAGGCACUGCAAGGCCCCCAUCCAUGCAGGUCACCAUUGAGGAUGUCCAGGUACAGACAGGUGGCACAGCACAGUUUGAGGCUGUCAUCGAGGGCAACCCACAGCCCAUGGUAACCUGGUACAAGGACAGUGUUCAGCUGAUGGAUGGUGCCCGGAUCAGCCAGCAGCAAGAAGGGACCACAUACUCCCUGGUGCUGAAGGAUGUGGCCCCACAUGAUGCCGGUGUCUACACCUGCCUUGCUCGCAAUGCUGGUGGCCAAGUGCUCUGCAAGGCAGAGCUGCUGGUUCAUGGGGAGGACAGUGAGGCAGACUCAGAGAAGCAAAGCUACCGGAGGAAGCUGCACUCCUUCUAUGAGGUCAAGGAGGAGAUUGGAAGGGGUGUGUUUGGCUUUGUGAAAAGAGUACAGCAUAAAGGAAACAAGAUCUCAUGUGCUGCCAAGUUCAUCCCCCUGCGGAGCAAAACUCGCACCCAGGCAUACCAGGAGCGAGACAUCCUGGCCACUCUGAGCCACCCACUGAUCACAGGGCUGCUGGACCAGUUUGAGACCCGGAAGACCCUUAUUCUAAUCUUGGAGCUGUGCUCAUCUGAGGAACUGCUGGACCGCCUGUUCAAGAAGAGUGUGGUGACCGAGGCUGAGGUCAAGGUCUACAUCCAGCAGCUUGUGGAGGGAUUGCAGUACCUGCACAACCAUGGAAUCCUUCACCUGGACAUAAAGCCUCCCAACAUCCUGAUGGUGCAUCCUGCUCGGGAAGACAUUAAAAUCUGUGACUUUGGCUUUGCCCAAAAAAUCACCCCAGCAGAGCCACAGUACAGCAAGUUUGGCUCCCCUGAAUUUGUCUCCCCUGAGAUCAUCGAGCAGACCCCCGUGAGCGAGGCCUCCGACAUCUGGGCCAUGGGGGUCAUCUCCUACCUCAGCCUGACCUGCUCAUCACCAUUUGCGGGCGAGAGUGACCGUGCCACGCUUCUGAACAUUCUGGAGGGGCGGGUGUCUUGGAGCAGCCCCACAGUUGCCCACAUCAGUGAGGAUGCCAAGGAUUUCAUCAAGGCCACACUGCAGAGAGCCCCAGGGGCCCGACCCAGUGCCUCCCAGUGCCUUGCCCACCCCUGGUUCCUGAAAUCCAUGCCGGCUGAGGAGGCCCACUUCAUCAACACCAAGCAACUCAAGUUCCUCUUGGCCCGAAGUCGCUGGCAGCGCUCCCUGAUGAGCUACAAGUCCAUCCUGGUGAUGCGCUCCAUCCCUGAGCUGCUGCAGGGCCCACCGGACAGUCCAUCCCUUGGAGUGGCCCGGCACCUGCGCAGAGAUGCCAGUGGCUCUUCCAGCUCCUCUUCCUCUUCAGACACUGAACUCGCCCCGUUCGCCCGGGCCAAGUCACUGCCGCCCUCCCCCGUGACCCACUCCCCACUGCUGCACCCUCGGGGUUUCCUGCGGCCCUCAGCCAGCCUGCCAGAGGAGGCCGAAGCCUGCACACCCACUGAGGCUGCAGCCCCGCCUGCAUCACCCCAGGGUGCUGGGCCACCAGCUGCCCCUGGCUGUGUGCCCCGGCACAGUGUCAUCCGCAGCCUGUUCUAUCAGCAGGCAGGCGAGGGCCCGGAGCGUGGGGGCCCAUCUCUAGGGGGCAGGCGGCACCCAGCCCGGAGGCGGCACCUGCUGAAGGGCGGGUACAUUGCAGGGGCGAUGCCAGGCCUGCGUGAGCCACUGAUGGAGCAUCGCGUACUGGAGGAGGAGGCUGCCAGGGAGGAGCAAGCGGCCCUGAUGACCAAAGUACCCUCCUUUGAGACUGCCCUGCGCUUGCCCAGCUCCAGCACCCGCAGGGCCCCUGGUCAAAGCCACUCCCUGGACUUUGAUCCACCCAGCACCACUAGCCCUUCGCAAGAGGCCUGCCAUGAGGGACAGUGUCCCUCACGGGUGGUUUCUGAGGAUUCUGCCAGGGAGACAAGGCAACCCAAAGGGUCCCUGCAGGAGCCCAAGCUAUAUCCAUCCACUGGUGGUGACUCCAGUUCUCUUCAGCAAGAGUUGUCCCAGGACAGCCAUCAGGGACAGCUGGUCCCCUCCUCUCACCUCCAGCAGGGUUCUGUACCUCAGGAGGGCUGUGGUCCCUGCUCGGUUGUACAGCCUCCAGGUCUCUCCUCUCCAAAGUCAUGCACACAGACCCUCUUGGCACCCUCUGGCCCCGUCCUCUCUGAACAGCCCCAGGUACCCCCUUCCCCAGCUCAUGACUGCCCCCUCCCAAGCUCUGGGAUGGGGUUGGAUGACAUCUCUCAUUCCAGGAGGCCAAAGCCCAUCACCUCCAGUUUUCAAGGGCCUGUCUCCCAGUUGGGCACAAAACCUGGGGCCUCCUUGGACACUGAGGGCUUGACCCAGGAAGCUGGGGAUUCACCUGACUCUACACCCACCCUACAGCGGCCUCAGGAGCAGGCAACCACCCGGAAGUUCUCCCUGGGCUGCCGAGGGGGCUAUGCAGGGGUGGCAGGCUACGGCACCUUUGCCUUUGGUGGGGAUGCAGGGGGCAUGUUGGGACAGGGCCCUCUGUGGGCCAGGAUGGCUUGGGCUGUGUCCCAGUCCUCAGAGGAGCAAGACGAGGUGGGUGCUGAAAGCCUGCCACCCCAGGCCAGCAAGGGGCCUGUGUCUGAGACCAGUGGGGUUCCCUCAAGGGCCUCCCCAGAGGUGGCCUCAUGGGAUGAUGCUGGUCAGGUCUCUCUGGUACAAAUCCAGGACCUGUCUGGGGACUCAGAGGCAGCAGACACCAUAUCCCUAGAUAUUUCAGAGGUGGAUCCUGCCUACCUCAACCUUUCCCAUCUCUAUGACAUCAAGUAUCUCCCGUUUGAGUUCAUGAUCUUUAGGAAGGUCCCCAAGCCCUUGGAGCAGGAGCCACCCUCCCCUGUGGAGGAGGCUGGAGAGGGACUGGCAGAGUUCCCAGAAGCCAUGUGGCCCUGGCCAGGGGAGCUGGGCCCGCAAGCCAGCCUAGAGAUCACAGAGGAGCCAGAGGACUUGGAAGCCCUGCUGGGGAAGACCACAACAGGCAGGAAACGCAAGUGGUCUUCCCCCUCGCAAGGCCUCUUCCACUUCCCUGGGAAGUACCUGCAGCUGGAGGAGCCUGUGGAGCUUGGGCUGCGUCAGAGGGUGAAGGCCUCCAUGGUUCACAUCUCCCGGAUCCUGAAGGGCAAGCCUGAAGGUCUGGAGAAGGAGGGGCCUCCUAGGAAGAAGUCAGGCCUAGCUUCCUUCCGGCUGUCAGGUCUGAAGAGUAAGGACCAAGCACCAUCAUUUCUAAGGGAGCUUUCAGAUGAGACUGUGGUCCUAGGCCAGUCGGUGACACUGGCCUGUCAAGUGUCAGCCCAGCCAGCUGCCCAGGCUACUUGGAGCAAAGAUGGGACCCUCUUGGAGAGCAGCAGCCGCCUCCUUAUUUCCUCCACCCUCAAGAACUUUCAGCUUCUGACCAUCCUGGUGGUGACUGCUGAAGACCUGGGUGUGUACACCUGCACUGUAAGCAACUCGCUGGGGACAGCAGCCACCACAGGUGUUCUCCGGAAAGCAGAACGUCCGUCAUCCUCCCCACGUCCAGACAUUGGGGAGGUGUAUGAGGAUGGAGUGCUGCUCGUCUGGAAGCCUGUGGAGUCCUGUGGCCCUGUGACCUACAUUGUGCAGUGCAGCCUGGAAGGUGGCAGCUGGACUACGCUGGCUUCUGACAUCUUUGACUGCUGCUACCUCACCAGCAAGCUUUCUCGGGGAGGCAUGUACGCCUUCCGAACAGCCUGUGUGAGCAAGGCAGGGAUGGGCCCCUACAGCAGCCCCUCGGAGCAGGUCCUCCUUGGAGGACCCAGCCACCUGGCCUCUGAAGUGGAGAGUGGCCAGGGCCGGCCAGCCCCACCCCUCCCCAGCACGCAGACCUUCGCUUUCCAGAUGCAGAUCCGGAGGGGUCGCUUCAGUGUGGUACGGCAGUGCCGGGAGAAGUCCAGUGGACGGGUGCUAGCUGCUAAGAUUGUCCCUUAUCGGAAGGAAGACAAGAUGGCUGUGCUGCAGGAAUACGAGGCCCUCAAGGGCCUGCGCCAUCCACACCUGGCCCAGCUGCACGCUGCCUACCUCAGUCCCCGGCACCUGGUGCUCAUCUUGGAGCUGUGCUCUGGGCCCGAGCUACUCCCAUGCCUGGCUGAAAGGGCCUCCUACUCAGAAUCCGAGGUGAAGGACUACCUCUGGCAGAUUCUGAGUGCCACCCAGUACCUGCAUGCCCAGUGCAUCCUGCACUUGGACCUCAGAUCGGAGAAUAUGAUCGUCACUGAAUACAACCUGCUCAAAAUCGUAGACCUGGGGAAUGCCCAGAGUCUCAGCCAGGAGAAGGUGCUGCCUUCAGAGAAAUUCAAGGACUACCUGGAGACCAUGGCUCCUGAGCUCCUGGAGGGACAGGAGGCUGUCCCACAGACGGAUAUCUGGGCCAUCGGAGUGACGGCUUUUAUCAUGCUCAGCGCCGAGUACCCAGUGAGCAGUGAGUGGACGCGUGACCUGCAAAAAGGCCUGCGCAAGGGGCUCAUCCGUCUCAGCCGAUGCUACGCGGGGCUGUCCGGGGGCGCCGUGGCUUUCCUCCGCAGCACUCUGUGUGCCCACCCGUGGGGUCGGCCCUGCGCGUCCAGCUGCCUGCAGUCCCCGUGGCUGACCGAGGAGGGCCCAGCCGGAUCCAGGCCGGCGCCGGUGACCUUCCCCACCGCGCGGCUGCGCGCCUUCGUGCGCGAGCGCGAGAAGAGGCGGGCGCUGCUGUACAAGAGGCACAACCUGGCCCCCGUGCGCUGAGCACCGGCUUCGGGUGGCGAAUUGCAGCGGGUGGCUUCUCUGGGCCACACCCCUUGGCAUCCAUCCAGAUCUCGCAGCAAGUGCACAGGAACGCCAAUUAAAACAAAGCAAA